UUGCAUGAUAGAUCUUUCUCUCAACGUUCCAGAUUAGAUCAAGCAAGUGGAAAGAUUAUAAUUAUUAAUAAUAUAUUUAUAGAAUUCGCAAUAAUCUGAUGCAAUAAAAUAAAAGUAUAGUUAUUUGAAAUUGUUAAAAAAAAAAAAGAAGAAAAAAAAAUGACGACAAUGGGCGAACCACUUACUUUAGCACGAGAUGUCAAGAGAUCCAUUGAAUUGCUUGAUAAACUGCAAAAAGGCGGCGAAGUUCCAACAACCAAAUUAGCUGCAUUACAAAAAGUAUUACAAAGUGACUUCCUCAGUGCUGUAAGAGAAGUAUAUGAACAUGUAUAUGAAACCGUAGAUAUUCAGGGAUCGCAAGAUGUACGUGCAUCAGCUACAGCAAAAGCUACUGUUGCUGCAUUUGCAGCAAGCGAAGGUCAUGCACAUCCACGAGUAGUAGAAUUACCAAAAACUGAGGAGGGUCUUGGAUUUAAUGUAAUGGGAGGGAAAGAACAAAAUUCUCCUAUUUAUAUAUCUCGAAUUAUUCCUGGGGGUGUUGCAGAUAGACACGGUGGAUUAAAACGUGGAGAUCAACUUCUUUCUGUUAAUGGUGUGUGUGUAGAAGGAGAAAAUCACGAGAAGGCAGUAGAACUUCUAAAGCAAGCUCAGAAUUCGGUUAAGCUUGUAGUUCGUUAUACUCCACGUGUUCUAGAAGAAAUGGAAUUACGUUUUGAUAAACAAAGAGCUGCACGUAGACGUCAACAUAUGCAAUAAAUUGGAAAACUAACUAGCUUUAAUAAUAUUUCACAAGUCAUGUAAGUGUUCAAAUAAUUUAACUUUUUAUUUA